AAGAAUUAUCGAGACGAAAAACGGUUACCCCAUAAUACAAAUCAAUCACAGACAACAAAGUGAGAAAGAGAUUAUAAAGAAAAUCUAAUUCCCAGAUAUAUUUAUCUAUCCGUUUCAUUUCGAUCACGCAGAAAUCAGGAAGCGACCUACGACCUGGCUGAGUGCACCUAGAUAAAUGAGGAUUCGAGUAGGCUGAGAAUAAUCCUAAGCAGGAAUGGCAAAAUUCAGGUAAAAUCUGCACAAAUUGAAAGCAAUUUGAAACCCUAAGUUAAAGAGCAGUGAAUUAGUCAUAGUGAUCGUUAAAGGUUGUGUGGGGAAGGAAAAAGUUAGGAAAAAUAGGAGGGUGUUUGUCAACCGGCGGCCAUCCGGCUGCGCGGAGUGCCUCGGCGUCACAGGCGGUGGUCAGGAGGGUCCCGCUGCCGGAAAACACCGAUGGUGGUGGCGAGAAUGCGAAGAUGAAGGCGCUAUUCAAGCCGAAGCCCAAGACGCCUGCUGACCUGGUUCGCCAGACCCGGGAUCUCCUCAUCUUGGCUGAUCGCGGGACGGAUACUAAGGAGAGCAAGCGCGAAGAGAAGAUGAUGGAGUUGAGCAAACUAAUCCGCGAUCUGAAGUCAGUACUUUACGGAGACAGUGAAUCUGAGCCCGUCUCAGAAGCUUGCACACAGUUGACUCAGGAGUUUUUCAGAGAGAACACUCUACGCCUGCUAAUUACAUGUCUGCCAAAGUUGAAUCUAGAAACCCGCAAAGAUGCUACUCAGGUUGUUGCAAAUCUGCAGAGGCAACAGGUUCAGUCACGAUUGAUUGCUUGUGAUUACUUGGAAAAAAACAUUGAUCUAAUGGAUACCUUGAUAGCAGGGUAUGAGAAUACAGAUUUGGCAUUACAUUAUGGUGCAAUGUUGAGGGAGUGCAUUCGCCACCAAAGUGUUGCUAGGUAUGUUCUGGAAUCAGAGCACAUGAAGAAAUUUUUUGAUUUCAUACAACUUCCAAAUUUUGAUAUAGCUUCUGAUGCUGCUGCCACUUUCAAGGAACUUUUGACAAGGCAUAAGUCGACGGUAUCUGAAUUUCUUUCUAAAAAUUACGACUGGUUCUUUGCAGAGUAUAACUCAAAGCUUCUCGAAUCUACAAAUUAUAUUACUAGAAGGCAAGCUGUCAAGCUGUUGGGAGAUAUUUUGCUGGAUCGUUCAAAUUCGGCUGUGAUGACUCGAUAUGUUAGCUCACGGGAUAACUUGAGGAUCCUUAUGAAUCUUCUAAGAGAGUCGAGCAAGAGUAUUCAGAUUGAAGCCUUUCAUGUAUUUAAGCUAUUUGCAGCUAAUCAGAACAAGCCCCCUGAUAUUGUUAGCAUCCUUGUCACAAAUAGAAGCAAACUUCUACGUCUCUUUGCUGAUUUCAAAACCGAGAAAGAGGACGAACAGUUUGAGGCCGAUAAAGCCCUGGUUGUCAAAGAAAUUGCUGCGCUUGAACCGAAAUAAUACCCAUCAGUUUGUCUUUAAUUAUUUGUCCAGUGUGAUGGCAAUGUUGUAUGGGUGAUUCCAGUGAACGUUUCUUUUUCCAUUACAUAUUUGUGAAUUAAUAGUUCUUAGCCCCAAUGUUGAUGCAAAAAGGGAUUAAAAUGUUCCAGCCCUAUUUUCAUUUAUGAAUUUAUCAAUUCAAUUUCUGUAGAAUUUGCAAUUGAGCUCACAUGAAAUAAUUUCAGGAGAAGAGAAACAAAAUGAAUAUGAGAAAAGAGUGUAAAUUGAUAAUGCCA